AUGACUGUCGGAGUCGUCAUCCGAGGAUGUCGCUUGGCUCGAUUCGGAAGAGUCCUCGUCAGUCCCCACGCUCGGCUCUCGCGUGGUGGAGGCGGAGCCUUUCGCCGCGCUUUCCCUGGGCGGCGAACCGUCCUUUUCGCGCGGGGCCGCCUCGCGGGCGCCCUUCGCGAGGUCGGCGGUGGAGAAGCCGAGGCCGAGGCCGACGCCUUUGCUCACACGCGUUUUGCCAUUCACCGAGCGCCGGACGCGGUAGACGAGGAGGUUGGCCCCGGUCGAAAGGCAGAUCCGGGCCUCGGCGGGGUAACGCACCUCCGGCAGAAGGCCGAGCGCCCACUUCGCGCCGACGGCGCUCUCCUCCGAGGCCUCCUCGGGGCGGUGGGUCAGAGGGUGGUGUUGGAUGGCGACCUCGCUGGAAGGCCCCCAGAGGCCCUCCAGAUAAAACCGAACCGACCAGCGCAAGACAACGUGCAGGACGUUGUGCGGGCCCCAUCCAAUCAGAUCGGUGGACCGCCCCGGGUGAUCCCCGACGGAAAAGCACUCGUCGUAGCGUAUUAA